CCCAACUUGACCACAACAUGGCUGCGGCGCCGGGGCUGCUCUUCUGGCUGCUCGUGGUCGGGGCGCCCUGGCGGGUGCCGGGCCAACAGCACCCAGGCACCAGCCGGCGCUUCUCGGAGCACAAACUCUGCGCGGACGACGAAUGCAGCAUGUUAAUGUACCGGGGUGAGGCUCUAGAAGAUUUCACAGGUCCGGAUUGUCGUUUUGUGAAUUUUAAAAAAGGUGACUCUGUGUAUGUCUACUAUAAACUGGCAGGGAGAUGGCCGGAAGUUUGGGCUGGAAGUGUUGGGCGUAUUUUUGGAUAUUUUCCAAAGGAUUUAAUCCAGGUAGUCCAUGAGUAUACCAAAGAAGAGCUACAAGUUCCAUCAGAUGAAACGGAUUUUGUCUGUUUUGAUGGAGGAAGAGAUGAUUUUGAUAAUUAUAAUGUAGAAGAACUUUUAGGGUUUUUGGAAUUGUAUGAUUCUGCAAAUGGAAACUCUGAGAAAGCUGUAGAAAAAACUUCUCAGCAUGUGGGUAAACAUCCUGAAGUAUCUAAGGAAAGUGAGCCUGAACCAGUAGAAGUCAGCUCAGAGGAAAGUGAAAGUGUGUUCUCAGAAAACACUAAAGAUCUCAAGGAACAAUUUAUGACUCAGAAGAACCACCCCUAUACAAACAGCCAAGCAGAUGACGCUCAGGGAGAGCAUUCUUCAUUUGAACCUUUUAAAGAAAUGCUGCAAGAGAAAUUAAAAGUGCCAGAAAAUGAAAACAACAAAACUAACAAUAGUUCUCAGGUCUCAAAGGAGCAGGAAAAGAUGGGUGCUUGUAAACUUUUGCAAAAAGAAAUGACCCUGGACUUGAAAACCAAAUUUGGCUCAACUGCUGAUGCACUUGUAUCUGAUGAUGAGACAACCAGGCUUGUUACCUCAUUAGAGGAUGAUUUUGAUGAGGAAUUAGAAGCUGAGUAUUAUGAAGUCAAGAAGGAGGAAAAGGAGAAUCUAGAAGACUUUAAUGAGCUGCCAUUACUAACCUUUGAGAGUGGAGAAAAUACAGAAACCCCAGUGAGAUCUGGAGUUGAGAAAUAUUCUAUAGACAAAGAACAGAAUACAAAUAAAGAGGAUAAAGUUGAAGGAACUGUGCCCUUUGGCAUCAAAAAUGAUGAGGCAGAUACUCUAACAAGCUGGGGGGAUACUAUCUUUUCUAUUGUCACUGGAGGUGAAGAAAAAACAGGUGUGAUGGAUUUAGAGAGUUCUGAUUCAGAGGAAGAAAAAGAAGAUGUUUCCUUAGUUCCAGGUAGCAAACAGGGGAAACCACAAUCAACAACAGAAUACACUGACCCUGAACAUGUGAAAGACAGUCUUCUGAUUGUAGAAGUCCCUAAAACAAAUAAUGACAAAGGCUCAGAAGUGGACACUGAACUUGACAUUAAAGGAAAAGGGAGGAAAGUUCAGGAAUCCGAGGGGGACCUGGUACAAGAUGAGACCAAGUUAGAGGAUGAGAAGCAAGAAGGAGUGACUGUGCACAGUUCUAUGCAAAGUAAUAAUCUCAACUCUUUGCCAGCUGCUGAAAAGGGUAAAGACAUAUUACAGUCAGCCUCUGAUGACAAAGACAGUGACCUAGAAGGCGCAGCUAUUCAUAUCUCCAAGGGAAUGCUCCCCGAAAAAAAGCCUGGAGAGAUUUUGGAAGGUGACUCAGGGAGUGACUCUAUGCGUAAAGCUGUAGGGAAUCAUGUGAAUGCAAAGAAGAUUGAACAGGAGUCCUUGGAUCUCGUACCACUUGUAGGAGAUGAUCAGCAUAAUGUGUCCGGAAACAGUGUGGAGGAAGCAAAUGUUGUGUUAAAUGGACCAAAACCACACACACUUUCAGUGGACCAUCAACAUGAGGAAUUUAAAGGGGAUCUAAUUCUUAAAACUCAAAAUCAACCAAGAUUCUCUUCCCCAGGUGAAACUGGUUUGCCAAGAGAACUAGAAGAAGAGGUUCCCAUUCCGGGAAGAAAUCUAUCAUGGCCACCAGAAAGAGACAUGGCUGUGGCAGUCCCUAAGCCCUUGAAUGAGAUGAAGAGGCUCCCAGAGGAAGAGGUGGGAGAAGACUCCUCUGCGGAAGAGUCUAUUCAUCACAAGGCAGUGCAGGGCACACAGGAACUGGGAGAAGCAGGCCAACCUGCUGGUGUGGGAGGACCAGGCUUCUACGCUGAAAAGCCAGAAGCAGAGGAGGAGGAUUAUAUCCCUGAAGAACUGCUGGAGGAUGAAAAUGCUGAAAGUGCAAAACAGGCUAAAGACAGAAACCCUGGGGUUCAGGACAGGCAGGCAGACAUUAAUCUGCAAAUCCCUGAAACAGUAGUUUUAGGGACCACUGAUACUGAUCCAGAAAUCGAAGAAAACAAGCAAGAAGCUAGUAUGUUGGGUAGAGAGAACAAAAAUGAAACUGCAGGCAAUGGCAUCGACACAGUAGGCAGGGAACCAGCUGGGACGGCACUAGAAAAGGGCGAUCACCCCCCGGUAGAUGAGAAAGCACAGAUACUGUCUGACACGACCGACUUUCCCGACCAGGCAAAAACUUGGACUCCAGAGUUAGUUGAAGUGUUUCAGAAUGAUCCUGAUUAUCUGAAACGAGAGAACCCUGAGGAACAUCUGAAGACCCCAGGGCUUGCAGAGAAGCCUGAGGGGGAAGAACUCUCCAAAGAGGACCAUGAGGACACAGAAGAAUUCAUGGACACUGAAGGCCAAGGAUCUGCUUCUGAAGAACUUGAUGAUGACCCAUUCCACUGGGCUCCACAUGCAGCUGUAGAGCCCAAGCACAGAGACAAGAGGGAGAACUUGCCCAUAAUAAGCACCUUCUUUAAAGAGCAGCAGUCUCUGCAGAGGUUCCAGAGGUACUUUGAUGUCCACGAGCUGGAAGCCAUGCUACAAGAAAUGUCGUUAAAGCUGAAGUCAGCACAGCGGGAGAGCCUGCCCUACAAUGUGGAAAAAGUCCUAGAUAAGGUCUUCCGUGCUUCUGAGUCACAGAUUUUGAGCAUAGCAGAGCAAAUGCUCGAUGCUUGUGUGACCAAAAAUAGAGAGCAGGGGAUGAAGGAAAGUAACGUGUUUGAAGAGGCUGCAGUGCUAGAUGAUGUUCAAGACCUGAUCUAUUUUGUUAGGUACAGGCACUCCACAGAAGAGGAGACAGCCCCACUGGUGGUGGCACCACCUCUCCAGGAAGGCUGGGGUAAACUUGGGGAAGAGAUGAAGCCACCCCAUGAAGAUAAUUUCUUUCAAGAAAAUGUGGAAGAACUUAAUAUGCAGGUUCCUGAAGAGUACACCUCCUUGGACCAGCUUGUGACGGGGGACAUGGGUGCCGCAGAAGUGUCGCAGAAGUUGAAUACUGAGAAAGACUUGGACCCAGGGCUGAUUACGACAGAAGGCACUCCUGCCAAUGCUGUUGAUGCAAAAAAGCAACUAGAGAUAGAUGCUGAAGAGGCAGCAAAUGUUACACCGCUGGAAAAUGCAGUCUUUUUAAUAUAUUCAUUCCUGUUUUAUUUAACUAAGUCGUUAGUUGCUACAUUGACUGAUGAUGUUCAGCCUGGGCCUGAUUUUUAUGGACUACCAUGGAAACCUGUACUUAUCACUGCCUUCUUGGGAAUUGCUUCAUUUGCCAUUUUCUUCUGUAGAACUGUCCUUGUUGUAAAGAAUAGAGUAUAUCAAGUCACUGAACAGCAAAUUUCUGAGAAGUUAAAGGUCAUCAUGAAAGAAAAUGCAGAACUUGUUCAAAAAUUGUCAAACUAUGAACAGAAGAUCAAGGAAUCAAAGAAACAUGUUCAGGAAACCAAGAAACAAAAUAUGAUUCUCUCUGAUGAAGCAGUUAAAUUUAAGGAUAAAAUCAAGAAACUUGAAGAAAUGAAUGAAUCUCUGGAUGACACAGCUAAAAGUCUCCAUAUUAUGUUAGAAUCUGAGAGAGAACAGAAUGUCAGGAAUCAGGACUUGAUAUCGGAAAAUAAGAAAUCUAUAGAGAAGUUAAAGGAUGUUAUUUCAAUGAAUGCCUCAGAAUUCUCAGAGGUUCAAAUUGCACUUCAUGAAGCUAAGCUUAGUGAAGAGAAAGUGAAGUCUGAAUAUCAUCGGGUCCAAGAAGAAAAUGCUAGGCUUAAGAAGAAGAAAGAGCAGUUGCAGCAAGAAAUUGAAGAUUGGAGUAAGUCACAUGCUGAGCUCAGUGAGCAAAUCAAAUCAUUUGAGAAGUCUCAGAAAGAUUUGCAAGUAGCUCUUACUUACAAAAAUGAUAAUAUUGAUGCUUUGACUAAUUGUAUUACACAGUUGAAUUGCUUAGAAUGUGGAUCUGAAUCUGAGGGCCAAAAUAAAGGAGAAAAUGAGUCAGAUGAAUUAGCAAAUGGAGAAGUAGGAGGUAACCGGAAUGAGAAGAUGAAAAAUCAAAUUAAGCAGAUGAUGGACGUCUCUCGGACACAAACCGCAAUAUCAGUGGUUGAAGAGGAUCUAAAACUUUUACAGUUCAAGCUAAGAGUGUCGAUGUCCACUAAAUGUAACCUGGAAGACCAAAUAAAAAACUUAAAAGAUGACCACAGUUCACUGCAGUCUGCUAAAGCUACACUGGAGGACGAAUGCAAAACCUUACGGCAGAAAGUGGAGAUUCUGAAUGAACUCUAUCAGCAGAAGGAGAUGGCUCUGCAAAAGAGAUUGAGUCAAGAAGAAUAUGAGCGGCAAGAAAGAGAGCAGAAGCUGUCAGCUGCAGAUGAAAAGGCGGUGUUGGCUGCAGAAGAAGUAAAAACUUAUAAGCGGAGAAUUGAAGAAAUGGAGGAUGAAUUACAGAAAACAGAGCGCUCAUUUAAAAACCAGAUUGCUACUCAUGAGAAGAAAGCUCAUGAUAACUGGCUCAAAGCUCGUGCUGCAGAAAGAGCUAUAGCUGAAGAGAAAAGGGAAGCCGCCAACUUGAGACACAAAAUACUAGAAUUAACGCAGAAAAUAGCAAUGCUGCAAGAAGAACCUGUGAUUGUAAAACCAAUGCCAGGAAGGCCCAAUACACAGAACCCUCCACGGAGAGGUGCUCUGAGCCAGAAUGGCUCUUUUGGCCCAUCCCCUGUAAGUGGUGGAGAAUGCUCCCCUCCACUGACAAUAGAGCCACCUGUGCGACCACUCUCUGCUACUCUCAAUCGAAGAGAUAUACCUAGAAGUGAAUUUGGGUCAGUGGAAGGGCUUCUGCCUCGUCCUCGAUGGUCAUCUGAGGCAUCGGGGAAACCUUCUGCCUCUGCAGAUCCAGGAUCUGGUACAGCUGCCAUGAUGAACAGCAGCUCAAGAAACUCUUCCCCUACUAAGGUGAUGGAUGAGGGCAAGCAAACUGUUCUCCAAGAGCCUGAAGGCCCUUCAGUUCCCAGCAACACAUCUUUGGCUGAGCAUUCGGUAGCAGUAGCAGUUAAUAUGACUACAAAAGGGCCCCCUCCUUUCCCAGGGGUGCCUUUCAUGAGCCCCCCUGUAGGAGGCCCUCUACCACCACCCAUUCGAUAUGGACCACCUCCUCAGCUCUGUGGGCCUUUUGGGCCUCGGCCACUUCCUCCACCAUUUGGUCCUGGAAUGCGUCUACCACUAGGCUUAAGAGAAUAUGCACCAGGCAUUCCACCCGGAAAACGGGACCUGCCUCUUGAUCCUCGGGAAUUUUUACCAGGACACACACCAUUUAGACCUUUAGGUUCUCUUGGCCCAAGGGAGUACUUUAUUCCCAGUACCCAGCCCAUUCCCAGUACUUUAUUACCAUCCCCAGCCCAUGGGCCCCAGGACUACCCACCAUCACCUGCUGCAAGAGACUUACCACCUUCAGGCUCUAGUGAGCCACCACCUGCCUCUCAGAGCAGUAACAAGGACUGUUCACAGGCUUUAAAACAGAGCCCGUAACUAUGACCUCUGAUAUUUAGUUGGAGAGAAAGUGGACUGUGUACUCACUACUCAUUAUAGUAAAGGAUUUCAUUGGCUUCAAAAUCCAGAAGUUUAUUUUAAAAGUUUUGUUUGUUGGGACUAAGCUGCCUUGGCAGUGUGCAUUUUUGAGCCAAACAAUUAAAAAAUAUCAUUUUCCCCUUAAAUAAAAAUCACCUCUUAAGCUAGUGUGUCUUUAUAACUUUGAAAUGUGCAAUAAAGAAUACCUGUGUUUUAGCUAAUGUAGCAUAUGUAAUUGCUAAGUAAUUUAAAAUGUCAUGAAAAUACAAACAUUUCCUGUGGAAAUGCUUUAAGAACAUGUAUUUCCAUUAUCCUAUUUUUAGUGUACACCAGUUGAAUACAGAGCAAUGCUGUGUAUAAGCUUGAUUUUUUUUUUUUAAAUAAACUUAUCUGGUCGAUGAGACUGUUACGCUCAACAUGUUUACUAAAAGAUCACUAAAUUUUAUCUUCCCUCUUGAUGUUCUUUGUAGUAAUAGUUCAUAAAAAUGUGUUUAUUAAUA